AUGACCUGUUCAUGUUUGCUGACACCUCUCCAGGGAUAUGACCAUGACCACAAAGAUGUCGAACUCAUGCGGCUCCGCAACUACACCAUGGGGCGGAAGCUCGCAGACGAUGAAAUUGUUGGUUCUGGGGGCUUGGAGCGAGUGGGUGAACUCAUUGCCAGUAUGGUACCCUUUAUCACGUAUCUGAACAGCAUCGCGAUGCCCGACGACGACACGUCAGACUCGAGCGAGGACGAAGGAAGCGAUGCCGAGCCCGACGAUGACAGCAACGCCGCAGAGGAUGACGAGGCUUGA